AUGGCUGGUGCAGCAGCAGGUACAGCUGAGCUGCUUGUUAUGCAGUAUCUCGGUCUCGCACUCUACAAACCAAUGUUUGAGAAACUCGAAGGAAAAGUCAUACCAUCGCAUAGUUCUGCAGGUUUAGCAGGAAUAUGUACCGGAAUUACACAAGCCGUUACUUUGGUAACACCGCUGGAGAUGAUUAAAGUUCGACAACAAACCGAUCUUAUGAACGCCGCCCACCAACGGAAAUACCGUGGUCUUGUCCAGACCGCAUCAUUGGUUGUCCGAGAAGAAGGCCUUCUGGCAUUGUACAAUGGCUUGCUGGCAACUGUGGCACGGCAAUCAUGGGGCCUGGUGGUCAAAUUUUCUGGCUACAUAGAAAUCAAAGCCAUGUUUGAACGAGCAUCUGGUGAGCCUGACAAACCACUGGCACCUUGGAAACACAUGGUUAGUGGCGGCCUGACGAAUGUUUUGGUAGGCGUGUUGAACUCACCUCCCGAUGUGGUCAAAACGAGAAUGCAGGAUGAUAGCAAGCCCUAUCGAACAACUUGGGAUUGUGUGAAAUCGAUGAUCAGGAAUGAGGGUUAUUCGUCGUUUUUCCGUGGAUCUUGGCUUCGGAUCAUCCGGAUAGCUCCUGGUAUGUAG